AUGUUGAAAAAUGUCUUCAGAUCAUUUUUUCUUAACCCACGACGUGUGGCCGAUUUGUUCUGCAAAUGUCGUCGUUCGUCACUGGCCAGGGAAUGGCAGGAGAAGACAUUGUCGGCCAGGUUGUCACUGCUGAAAACGAGCUAUAAAGAAUUUGAGUGGGAUCUCUUCAGAGUGUUGAGCGAAAAUAAAGACACAUUUGUGCUGUCUAAAUUUACAUAUGGUCUGAACAAAUCUGGUCUGAAGGCCAAUGACGAGAGAUUAUAUUCGGUUUACAAGAAAAUUGAGGAGUUGAAAUUGAAAAAUAAAGGAUUGAGAGAAGAAGAAAUACGAAUAAAUUUCAAUGAAAUGAAAGAUUUUCUUGCUGAUAAUGUUUUUUUAAUCAGACAGGCUUUUGUCAAUAACAUGAUUGUGCCCCACUUCUCAGACUUCUGUGUGAGGGUUGAUGAUCUCUACUGGGCCUGCAGGCGAAAUCUGACUGGAAAAAUAACAUCCCACUCAAAAGUAUUAUAUGGACAGAAGUUAGAAUCUUGGGCAGUUUCAUUGUGUACGAUUGAUGGCCAAAGACAUAGCACUGGGGACUAUGGAACACCAGUUGUUCUUCAUACUUGCUGCACGCCUGUUAAUUAUGCCUUAGCCAUCAAUGAACAUGGAGCCAAUAUUGUUAACCAGUACAUCUCCAAUGAACCCAUUCCAAGAAACAAGGAUGUUUUAUAUUUAUCACCAUCAAAUGUUCCUCAAAAUCCAAUUGAUGUUGCAGGUGCUCUUCUAGUUACGUCACUUCUCAAUGUUACACAGAACUCUCAGCAGACUUUUGAUAGAAUUGUUGCCAGGUACAACGAAAUGAGUGGCAGGACCAGCAAGAAGAUAACGUGGAACAGAAGUUUCUACAUCCACGAGAAGGGGGCGGAGUUAGGAAUGCAGGCAUAUGCACACCACCUCAAGAACAAUCUCUGCUUUCCAUGUGGCACAGACAUCAAUGAAACUGUUGAUCUGCUCUAUAAGCUCUAUUCCAUUGAAAUGUCUUCAGAAAGUUUGGCCAUCCUCGCUGCCACUUUGGCUAAUGAUGGUGUUUGUCCGAUCACUUCUGAACGAAUAUUCACCUCAGAAGCAGUUCAGUCAACCAUCUCGAUAAUGCUCUCCUGUGGGAUAUCCAGCCACUUCUCCGUGAAGGUUGGCAUCCCAGGAGUGGCAGGCAUUUCUGGAGGGGUCAUGCUGGUGUGCCCAGGUCUGUUGGGGGCUUUCCUCUGGUCUCCACCACUGAAUGACCAGGAAGUUAGUGUUAGAGGGCUGCAGUUCUCCGAGAGACUCUCCGAGAUUUUUGAUCUGCACUAUUUUUCAUUCAGCAAACCAACAGCACCAACGACAUCUCACCAAGUAGAAGGUUUUCCAGGAACACAAAAACUACAAAACAAAAGUUCAAGUAAUGUUCAAGCAAUAUUUGCAGCCUCAUUGGGUGACAUUCAAGCUCUAAGGAGCCUGCACAUGAUGGGGCACAACAUGGAGAGCCCUGAUUACGAUGGGAGGACCCCACUGCACCUGGCUGCAUCUCAAGGAAGAAUGAAUGUUGUUAAGUUUCUUGUGGAGAAGUGUAAUGUUGAUAUCAGUGUUAGGGACAGGUAG